UAUCUGACACAAAUGGGAAAAGCUCUGCUGCAGAAAACAAUGCCGGAGAUUUAGUUCACUUUUAUUACCUGAAAAAAGACCUGAAGCCACUAAGGGAAGUGAUAAACUCAGAAUACACAGAAAGUAAAUUUCAAAAGAAAGGCUUGGAGCAUAUUUGUGAAUACAGACUUUUGAACUGCAAAAUAUUCCACAGUUCUAUCUCCUAAGGAGAUUAUGCAUUAAAGACUUGCAGAAAACUCACGUUUAUUUUCCUGGAUAGUAUAAAUUUUGCCUGUUAACAUGGCCAGUGGACAGGGACUUGACCUCAGAUAUGUUCUCGGAUACAUUGUGAUAACAUUUCUUCUGGUGUGUGAUGGGCAAAGGGGUGAAAAAGGAAACAAAGAUACCUGUUACGGUGGAUUUGACUUGUACUUCAUCCUAGACAAAUCAGGAAGUGUCCAACACCACUGGCAUGAAAUCGUUUACUUUGUUGAACAUCUGGCUCACAAAUUCAUAAGCCCUCAGCUCCGGAUGUCCUUCAUUGUUUUCUCAACGAGAGGUACAACACUGAUGAAAUUAACAGAAGACAGGGAAGUCAUCAGACAAGGUCUGGAAGAGUUGCGGGAUGUCCUUCCUGGUGGAGACACUUACAUGCAUGAAGGCUUUCAAAUGGCCAGUGAGCAAAUCGCAUAUGAAAACACUUAUGGUUACCGGACAGCGAGCGUUAUCAUUGCACUGACAGAUGGUGAACUUCAUGAAGAUCUCUUUUACUACGCAGAACAUGAGGCCAAUCAAUCUCGAAGUCUAGGGGCCACUGUUUACUGUGUUGGAGUAAAAGAUUUCAAUGAAACCCAGCUGGCCCGCAUUGCUGACAAUAAGGAUCAUGUUUUUCCUGUAAAUGAUGGCUUUGAAGCUCUGCAAGGGAUCAUUGACUCUAUUUUGAAGAAGUCUUGUAUAGAGAUUCUAGCUGCUGAGCCUUCCCAAAUAUGUGCAGGAGCAUCCUUCAAUGUUGUGGUAAAAGGAAAUGGAUUUCUUCAUGCCCGCAAUGUGCAAAAAGUUCUCUGCAGCUACAGGAUCAAUGAGAGUCUCACUCUGACUGAAAGGCCAUUGGAAGUAGAAGAUACGUAUCUACUCUGUCCAGCCCCUGUUUUAGAGGAAGUAGGCAUGGAAGCAACCCUUCAAGUCAGCAUGAAUGAAGGCCUAAGUUUCAUAUCAAGUUCGGUUACUAUCAGCACAACAAGCUGUUCAGAUGGAACCAUCCUGGCUAUCGCUCUCCUGGUCAUUUUCAUCCUGCUGCUACUUGCCCUUCUCUGGUGGUUCUGGCCUCUGUGCUGCACAGUGGUUAUUAAAGAAGCCCCGCCCCCAGCUGAAUCUGAAAGUGAGGAUGAUGAUGAUGAUGGACUACCCAAGAAAAAAUGGCCAACAGUAGAUGCAUCAUAUUAUGGUGGGCGAGGGGUUGGAGGCAUUAAGAGAAUGGAGGUCCGCUGGGGAGAAAAAGGCUCAACAGAAGAAGGGGCAAAGCUGGAGAAAGCAAAAAAUGCUAGAGUCAAAAUGCCAGAACAAGAAUAUGAAGAUCAGCCACCAAAAAUUCUCAAUAAUGGUUUCCGUAAACCACCUUCCCCUCGAAAAUGGUACUCUCCAAUUAAGGGUAAACUGGAUGCUUUGUGGGUUUUACUUCGGAAAGGUUAUGAUAGAGUAUCUGUGAUGCGACCACAGCCUGGAGAUAAGGGUCGAUGUAUAAAUUUUACCAGAGUGAAGACCAAUGAUUCACCAUCAAGAUACCCUAUCUAUAAGCAGCCCCCCUCCUCAUCUCUACCACCUUCCCCCAUUUAUACCCCUCCUCAGCCACCUGCAUAUCCCACACCUUCUCCAACCUCCACUCUACCUCCGCCUCCUCCAGGUCCACCUCCAAGUCGUGCUCCUCCCCCAUCCAGACCCCCACCUUGCCCUUAUUUCUAAAUCAAAUUCAUUAAACAACAGUUUGGAUCUAUUUCAGAAGUACUGUAAGAGUUGCAUGUAUUGGAUUCAAAGGUUUUGCCAUUCUAAGAUGUUUUAAACUAUAGAGCAAGCCAUGUUUGAUUCCUUAUGUCAUAAUGUCACUAUAUUUAUGUAGAUAUAAUUCCACAACGUUUUUGUAAAGUUCCAGAAUGGAUUAUGUGCUAUAUUGUAGUUUUAGUAUAUCAGUAUUGUAAGAUGUUAAAAGUUUAACUAUUUUGCAACAGAAGAAAGGCUGUGUUCACAAAUGGUGAGGAAGGACAAUUAUCUCCCAAAGUUAAAAGAUGAAAUGUCAGAAUAAAUGGAUCAAUAUUUUGUGGAAAGCCUUUUCUUUUAUGGCCUCUGAAGUAGGAUACCGCUAGAAUAGAGGUUUCCAACUUUCUGCAUGGAUGUAAUUAACCUGUUGUCAGUUUGGACUAAUCUGCCCUUCAAAACAGGCUACCAGUGGACUAGUGCACUUCAAGAAAAAAUUAUUUUUCUGGAAAGAGGCUCACAUCUACAAGAUGAUAGAUCUCCUUUCUGUUUGUAAUAGUCUGCAGAUGACUUCUGUAUUGGAAUUGCUAAAGACAGUACAGUUACAUUAAUGAGAAAUGGGACAGUAUAACAUCACUACGGAGAACACAAAAGAAUACAGAAAACAGCUGUCACAGUAUGAAAUAAAUCAGGAAAUACAGCUCUUCAUGAAUGCCACGACUGAUUUGUAA